UCUCAUUUAUCGUGCCUCAUGCACUUACACCCAACGCUUCCUUUCCACAAUGUCGUCAAGUCGGUCUAACUCGUCAAAUUCUGUUGCUCAAAGCCAUGCCUCGCGUCGCGACAACCAAUCUAUUUCCUCCAACCAUUCGGGACGCAGUGAGCGAACAGGCAGUUCACGGACACAUCCAGCGGUCGAGUCUGCGGUGACACGUCUGCUGAUGUCUAUCAAGAUGCUGCUGGAGGCACUCACACAAUGGAGUCUCAUGGAAGUGGACGAAACCCAUGUCAGUGAUGUAUACGUUCAGUUGGGGAACGACUUCAAUGCUGCAGUGGCAGCGUUCGCCGCGUUCAAUAUCGAUAUGAAUGAGCUUCUAUCUGUACCAGAUGACUUGCGAACAGUCCUAGAACAAUGUCUUGCUGAGGACCCUACACCCGAAAAUCUCGAGAUAUACCUUCCGACUGUCAGGCAAAUCAUUACCCAGCUGCUACAAGGUCUGCGGGGGAAGCAGUCCAUAUAUCGGCGCAUUGUCUCUGACCAUCGACGAAGGUCUGAGCAGUCUGGCCAUGAGAGGACUGAUAGUAGGUCGUCACGUAGCGAUCGAACAACGCGGCGGGAACCAUCGCAUCGAAGUCAGCUAUCGCGAACUAUUGCAGAAAAUGGAGGAGAUUAUCGAAGAAGUGGGUCGUCAUCUGGAAGAAGAAGCCUUGGACAAUCGUCUCGCGAGCAACUCAAUGGAAACUCGUCAUUCGUGGGAGGUUUUUCUCCUCAAGUCACGUCGCCUCCCCUUGGCCCUGAGCCAGAGAUAUCCGGAGAGAUGCCUAAUCCACAUGAUGCACCGCCGGCACCUGCUCCCAUUCCGCCACCCAAUGAGUCCCCUCCCGACACUUCCUUUGAUGAUGAAUCGUCUGCUACCACAGCAACACCUCCGGCUGCAGCCCAGCGAGCCGUCCCAUCCAGCGUGAAACGUUAUUCUUUGGUUGAUAAACCCAUGACGUCCCCCCCUCCUGCUCCCAGUCUUGUUGUUGAACCAUCAAGUCCCGAACAUCCCUCCGAUGAAAGGACUGCCUCGCCAGAGACCCCGCCCUCAGAAACUCCGCCUAUAGAUGCUGCGCAAGCUCCGGCUAUGGCGAGUUCGCUUGCUGCUCUCAAACAAACCGAUGCUCUAGAACGCAGGGCAUCAAAGCGGUUUUCAACAUAUAAUAUAUCCAAAAUGACAGGUUCCUCUUCGCGAGAACGGUCCGUACGAGGACAGGCGAACCGACGUUCCAUGGCAGUUUCAUCUGCCCUUACGCCAGGAGAAUUGGCCGUUCUUACGGAAGUGGAUGACGAAGAGACUUCGUCUCUACCUCCAACACGAGGAGGUAGUUCAUCUGUGUCUCUUCGUUCUCCUUCUCGAGGCUCAGAACGGCAAGCAACAACCCCUCCUAUGCCGCCUUUGCCGUCAACACCUGCUAGGACACCGGAACCACCUGAGCCUCCUUUCUCGGCGAAGAAGCCGGCAGCGGCACCUGCUUUUGAGGAAGAACCAGAGACAUCUAAGUUCACUGUUUUCUUGCAGCUUGGCAGGGAAGUUAAAAAGGCGAUCAUAGAACCUGGCAUGUCGUUUUCAUCGCUUAGGGUAUUGUUCGUGGAUCGCUUUUCAUAUAAUCCCGGUCUCGAUAACUUUCCUGCCAUAUAUAUUCGCGAUCCUUCGAGUGGCGUUCAAUAUGAACUCGAAGAUAUGGACGAAGUUAAAGAAAAGUGUCUCCUGUCCCUGAACAUCGAACCUCUUGACCAGAUCAAGCAGCAUAUUGAUACCCAGAUCUCGACUUUGUCUCAAGAUAUCAAAGAGCUGCGAUCAGUUGUUGCCAACAAUAAUCGACAAUCCGCGCAGUUCCCCACUAUUGUUGCCCAACCUCUCGCAGAGAGCACUCCCGCGCCUCCACGACCCACUGAUAAGCAGUUUCAGCAUGUUGCUAGACGGCUAUCUCGAUUCGUUGGCUCAGCUUCUCUCCCUUCUUCCCCCUUUACUCCCACCUCUAUGCCUUCCAUCAUGCCCCAAAUCACUGGACAAUCGCUACAGCCACAGAUGACAGGCAGCUCCUUCGACGAGGUGCAAAAUCUCCGUCGAGACCUCGGGGUUAUGCGACAGUUGUAUACUGAGUUUAUGAAGCAGACGAAAGAGUCCUUGGGCAAUUUACGGACGCAGACGCAGUCAGUGAAACAGCUGGCUAAUGUGAGCGUCGGUGGUGCCCGGGCGUUCAUUGAAGCUGGCAAGAAGAGUCUGGACACUCGGACUGACGUGCUCAAACGGCAUAUAACACCCAAGCCACUGUACAUGAAGACGGUCAGGAAGGACGUGGAUGCAGCGGCGUCUGAGCUUGAGAGUCUCAAGGAGCACAUCAUGACUAUCAAGCCGAUGUGGAAGAAGACAUGGCAAGAGGAGCUACAGAAUAUUGUCGAGGAGCAGCAGUUCAUGACUCACAACGAAGAGUUGCUCAACGAUCUUCUCGAGGAUCACAAGGCAUUGGCCGAACUCUUUGGGCAUUUGGAGCAGGUGCCAGAGGAAAGUCGUGGAGGAUUGAGCACGGUCAUGAUGGAAAUUCGUGGUGCGGCUGUCGAUCCUGAGAAACGACUGAAGGCGAUUGAGGAAAGUCGGAAGAUUCGGGCGAAGGAGCUGGAGAGCCGUUCGGAUGACCUGCAUGCUGAAUUGACGGAUUUUGUUGGCGGGAAGAAGCUGAGGAUGACGGGAGGAGCAGAAGAGGCGGAACGGGUGAGGCAGAGGCGGAAUGAUCUAACGUUAAAGGCCAUGUUUAAUGGUGGUAGUGCUGGAGGGGGUGCGGUAUUGGGAGGCGAAGCUUCUUCAGCGGGUUCGCCGGAUAUUUCUUCGGGGUCGUAA